CCUUUGACCUUCCAAAUAGUUUCCCGCGCUUUUCUGUGUCGCUUGGCCAGAUCGUCUACAGUCACCCAGCGGAUAGCUUUAUUCCCGGACAACAGAAGAAAGAACUGUAAAAGUGUGCCAGACUUAGGCAAUGAUGGCAGCAGCACAGAGGUCACAGGCGCCGCUUGAUUUCUGCUAUGAUACACACUCAACUGCCCUCUUGCAGGGUUUGCAGGAACUGCGAUCGGAAAACCUGCUUGUAGAUGUCAUCCUUUGUGUCUCGGGUAAAGAGAUCCCGUGCCACAGAAAUGUACUCGCUGCUUGCAGUGGAUAUUUUCGUGCGAUGUUCUGCAAUGGACACCGUGAGAGCAAGGAGCAUAAGGUUACCAUUCAUGAGGCCAGCGCCAGUGCCUUGCAGCUUCUUGUCGACUACGCCUACAUGUCAAAGGUUACCAUCACAGAGGACAAUGCUGUAGAACUGAUGGAAGGGGCCAGCUUCUUCCAGGUUCCACCAGUGAGCGAUGCAUGCACAAAGUUCCUAACAGACAGCCUAUGUGUCAAUAACUGUAUGAAGAUGGUAAACUUGGGCGGCAUGCUUAACUCCAAACUGGAGGCAGAGGCAUUAUCGUUUGCCAUGAAAGAGUUUGCAGCAGCCAGCAAAACACCUGAGUUCCUUGGGUUGACAAAGGACCAGCUCAUCAAGCUCAUCUCAUCAGAUGACCUGAAUGCUCCAGAAGAGACAGUGUACACGGCAGUGCUGAGAUGGAUCAACCAUGACACCAGGAAGAGGAAGAAGGAGAUGAAAGAACUGAUGGAACUGGUCAGGUUCCCCUACAUGGACAGGAUGUACUUCAUGGAGAAGGUACAGUUAAACAAGGUCAUGCUCAACAGCUGCCGGGAUGUUGUCACAGAAACUGUGAGGCAUUAUGCGUUCCCUGGAGAAGUCCAGUCACCUCGCACCCGUCCCCGCCGUGCCACUGGUCUGAGGGAGGCAGUAGUGGUCAUAGGAGGGAAUGAGACAGUAUUAGAGAAAACUCCUUUGGCUUACAGCAAUGCCAUCAACAUGACUUACUCCUUUGCACCAUCAAGUGAAAGUUGGAUUUCUAUGACCACAAUGAAGAACAGGAAUGACCAUGGAUUUGCUGUGGCUGUUUUGGGGACAAGCGACAUCAUGGUUUCCAGUGGGAUUCAGUGCCAGGGCGUUUGGCUGUAUCUGGCAAAACUUGACUCCUGGUCUAAACUUACCCCAAUGCACACAGAACGGGACUAUUGCAAGCUGGCAGUGGUGCAAGGAAAAGUGUACGCAAUUGGUGGGAGAACCGACGACGCACCUCUACGCGUAAUAGCAGAUGUUGAAGUCUAUGACCAAAGCCUGAACAAGUGGACUGAAGGUGUUUCACUCCCACAGCCAAGGUACCUGCAUGCAGUUGCAGUGUUAGAUCGUAACAUAUAUGUGAUGGGUGGAUUUGAUGCUGAGGACUAUGAGACAUCUACCGUAUACCGCUUUACCCCGGGAGACUCUCAGUGGUAUUCAGUAAAGGACAUGCCUGAGGAAGCUUCAUUUAUCACUGCUUCAGUUCUCAAUGGUAGCAUCUAUGUUGCUGGGUUUCCCUCAAACUUGCUGUGUUACAGGCCUCAGGAGGACUUGUGGACUGUUGUAGCCCACCAUGACACUGUACGCAAAUGUGGUAUGACUGUGUUUGGUGGGGAGAUUUACAUCUAUGGAGGCUGUGACGACAAUGUCAAUGGAACGACAAAGGUUUUACAACUGAAUCCAGAAGAUAAGUCACUUAAGCAGGUGGGAAACAUGCCCAAGCGUCUGAUUGACCAUGUUUGUGUUACUAUAUUGAAGGGUUAAACUUGAGGUACAACAGAGAACAUUGUACUUCUAAGGGCUCACAUGUUCAACUCAUGCCAUACUAGUAAAAAGGUGACAAGCAGAGGGGACCAAUGUUUUGUCAAUGGACAAUGUUACUUGUUAAGCCUACUAGAUGAUGUUGUUUAAAAUGUAUAAUGAUUGAAGUAGACUGAUCCCAAAGCCAUGCCUCCUCUUCGAGUCCUAAAACCUCCGUGAAAAACAGCAGUUGAUGGACACAACAACAGUCUUUAUUUCGUCAAGUACAUUGUGUAUGCAAGUUGUGAAGGGAAAUUAGGGUGUAUGCAAGUUGUGAAGGGAAAUUAGGGUGUUUUUGUUUUGGCUAUAGACUAGUAUUUGACAAUUUGCUCAUUUAGUAGAACAGUUAGCACAUUCAAAGUGUUUUAUCAAAUCAUGUAGAUAAAUCAUGUAGAGAAAGGCUACUCAAUUCCACUCUGCUAUUUAAGCUUGUGAGCUAGGGUUUUGCCAUGGCAGAGUCCAUAUGUUCAAGCUGAAUUUGAAAUGGAAAAGAAAAGGACUUUCUUAACCCAGGCAGAAGACACCCCCAUCGGUUGUAGCCUGUAUCCAUUAACAUAAGUAACCUAUACAAAUCCUGUAGUAUUGAAAACCUUAAGUAAUGUUUGUUUUCUAUGUGUAUCCUAUCAAGGGAAGAAUAUUGUUACCUAUUGUUACAUAUCAAUAUUGAUACCAGUCUAGUAAAUUCUACCUGAGUUAAGGUGCCAGGUGAAGUCCUACCCUUUAUUUGUUGUCUAGUACAUGUAGAUGUUUGUUACAAGAGAAAAUGGCUACAGCACUAAGUAUACUACAGUUCUGCCUUAUUACUAUAUUACAAUUCUUCACUCUUAGUUUGAAUAUAUGACUGUUUUUUUUCAGGUUCAAAAUAAAAUUUAGGUCUACUGUGUUUUUCUCUGGGUAACUUUUCUAGUCUAUACAGUGCAUUAUAUCAUAUACACAAUCAUGUAAUUGUAUGUUCAUGUAUAUU